AUGCAGUCCGCACUGUGGAGUUUCGAGCGUGAGACCUUCCAAGGUUCAACCUACCACACUACACCCAGGAUAAUCGCUUACAACGCUACUCGGGAAAGUGAGAUUGGGUUCGAAUGGAUCCUUAUGACGGAAGUGUCUGGGAAGCCUCUCGCCGACUUAUGGCAAUGUCUGUCCAUUGCCGCAAAGUCAGACUUAGUCAAGAAAUUCGCAGGAUUUUCCAUUUCCUUGUGGAGAAAUCAGUUAAAGGGGAUCGGGAACAUUUACCCACUAUCAGUGACGGCCGACGAAAAAGCUUCAACUGGUGAGCCCGCAGCGAGUGGCAGUCCGGAACACCUGAUGAAUGCCGUCCCAAAGACAGGACAAAUUGUCUCUCUCGAAUUUCUCUGGGGAUCUCACACCCGUCAGAAUGUGAACCGAGGCCCAUUUCUUUCUAGUCAAGAAUGGAUGGAGGCUCGGCUUGCUUUUGCCAAGAAUGACUGCCACGACGCCGAGGAUGAGUUGGGAGCUACUACACGGACGCUAGGGCUCAUUGAAAAACUGGAAACAAUUUUCCCACGUAUAUUCCCUCGCGAUAAAUAUGUCCCAGAGCUAAGCGUGGUCUUCCAUGAUGACCUCUCACAAAAUAAUAUCUUAGUGAGCAAGAAAGGCGAGUUGACGGGUGUACUAGAUUGGGAGUGCGUUUCAGCACUACCAUUAUGGAAGGCCUGUUUUUAUCCUACAUUUUUGCAUGGGCGUCCUCGAGAUACGAAGCCCAAUAUUGAAAAGUACGAUAGGGGGAAUCCUCCUUCUGGUGGUGCAUACUGGGAACAUUUGCAUGACUAUGAGGUAACACUUCUACGAGGCGUGUUCUUGGACGAGAUGAGGAAAUCGGAACCGACAUGGGUGAAUGUCUUUGAUACGAGUCGUCUUCGUCGAGAUUUUGAUACUGCUGUGCAACAUUUUGACAGUGGGAUUGUCCGUCACAUAAUUGAGAAGUGGGUUGAAGAUGUCACUGCCGGUAAUGAAAACCCGCAAAACUUACGUGAUAGCCUUGGGUGUUAA